GCGUUUAUCUCUUCAUCGUUGACAUCCACUGGACUGAUACACCGGUUACGUUUUCUGUAUUAUAGUUAGAUAGAAUGGGUGAACCACCGGCUAAGAAGGCCAAGUUGGAAAGCGGGAUAUGGCUCCCCCAAUCGAUCGAGACCAUCGACAAUAAACUUAGGUUCGACUCCACCACAUAUCAUAGCGAAAUACCGCAGGCAAUCCAAGAAUCAGAUGAGCCGGUUGUGCUAGGGGUGGACGAGGCAGGAAGAGGUCCAGUGCUCGGGCCCAUGGUCUACGGGAUAUCGUACUGUUUGGCAAGUUAUCAGAACGAGUUGAAGAAAUACGGUUUUGCUGAUUCCAAGACAUUAAAGGACGAGAAAAGACAAGAGCUUUUCAAAGCAAUGGAAAAUACCAACGAAGAGCUUUUCAAGCAGGUUGGGUGGGCCACCACUACCAUGACUGCUAAGGAUAUAAGUAGCGGGAUGUUACAGGACGUGAUGGGCAGAGGAGCAUACAAUUUAAACGAACAAGCGCAUGAUGUGACUAUGGAGUUGAUCAGACAGACACUUAAUAAGGGCGUCAAGAUUACAAAACUCUUUGUUGAUACCGUGGGUCCUCCUGCCACCUACCAAGCCAAAUUGAGGAAAUGGUUCCCAGAAAUAGCCGAAAUCACGGUCUGCAAAAAAGCUGAUAGCAUAUAUCCAAUAGUCAGUGCCGCCUCGGUGGUUGCAAAAGUGACUCGUGACUUGAACUUGCAGUGGUUCACCGCCAAUCUCUUGCAUGGAGCCAACUUGGGCUCCGGUUACCCUUCAGACCCUAAUACCAGUAAGUGGUUGAACAGCCACGUCGACCCGGUGUUUGGGUGGUGCUUUGGCCUUAUAAGGUUUCUGUGGCAGACGGCCAAAGACAGUUUGGAACGUAAUAAAGCAGUCCCAGUCAUCUACGAAGCCCAAUGCGUAAAAGACAGUGGGUACCACGACGUGUCGGCGUUGUUUGCCAGCAAAGACGAAGCCUUUCUGAACUCCUACUACGGGUCGGGCUCCGUCGACCUUUAACCUUCAUCUUCAACCUUUAUCUCUAACUCAUCACAUAAAUAAAUACAAGUUGCAAAUUUAAAUUGUCG